AUGCAGAGGCAUCUCGAUUCGUCACUUUUCAUUUCACCCUCAAAUUUCGAUGAAGUUUUAUUGAGACCUGUGAAACGAAUGAGUGAAGAUGAUGAGGAAUGCAAAUCGAAAAAGAAUGCUUUUCCUAUUUUGGCUCAUGUUUUGGAAGAGGUGUGUUUAUUGUGCAAUGAAUUAUAUUCCCAUGUGGAGGCAAAUGUGAGAGCAAGAUGCAGGGCGAAUUGUUUCAAAAAUCCGAUGGUGGGCAAAUGUAUGGCUCGAUUUGCGCCAAGAGAUGUGAUGGAUCCAGAGAAGUUCCAAUUU